GCGAGUACGGCGAAGAUGACGAAACCUUUGGUCGUGAGGAGCGGGAAGAGUUUUUACGCGAGGCCGAGGCGAACAAGUGCGACCACAUUCGGGCGAAAGAAGCCGCUGAAGCUGCUGCUGUAGUUGCGGGAGGUAACGGGACCUCGUCGCAUUAGGAGGCGGCACCCUUGCCUCCCAGCAUCCCUAACGACAACGGCAACUCCGUACACAGCAAUGACGAGCGCAAUGAGCCUAAUGACAACUACGAUGACGAACCCGCUGAGGCACCUGAUGAUAUGCCUGAUGGCGGUAAUGACGAUCAGCCUCCUGAUAGCAAGUCAGAGGGCGAAAUUUUUGAUGAAUACGACAGCGAGCAUGGUAAUGAACGUGAAAGCCACUUCGGUGUCCUCAGGAAUGCAUCAAAGGGAAAGAACUGGAGACGCAACCAACGUCGUCGAGCCCGCAGAAGAGGAUGGGUUCAUCGGCCAGCAGUCCACAGAGACCGACCGGCGGCACUCGAGCGAGAGAUACUCCGUAACACCUCAUAUACAGAGGGUGCGAGACAUCGCAGACGACAACGUGAAGAAGGAGCCGCGGCACGUGGACGAGGACCUCGCCAGAAUCCCAAGGCCGCCAGAAAACGUGACCGCGAUCGCAGCAGAGAGGAAAGAAGAUGGAGAGAAUCCGACAAAAGCGAGCAGAAGAAGGGGACCAACAUGGACAAAUUUGGAAAGAACCCGGACCAGAGCCCGGACUUCUUCCAACGCCAUGUGCAGUGGGAAAGGCUCUUGCCUUAAAGUCAUUCUAAAGGGAAUUUGUGACAUUAUGUAACAUUUGAAGAUCCGAGGCAUGGUUGGUAUGGUUGAUUUCCACAUAGCACAUCUGGUCUAAUCACGGAAAAUUAGGCACUUCAUGGAUGAUACUUCAAUAAAUUUGAGUUCUCUAUGCA